GGAGGAGCCGGGGUUGGGGGGUGGGAAAGGAGGCGGCCCCCCGCCCAAGGCGCCACGACAACAGCGGCAGCUGCUCCAGAGGUUGGUGGUCUUUGCCCACCCCCCCACCUUGACCAGCCCCCCCAACUCGCCGCCAUGUCUGGGGUGCAAAGGAUGAAAGUGGCCAACGAGAGGCACAGCAAGAGCAUCACGCAGAGGGGGGGCCUCCAUCGGGCCCCGGUAUAUGUGGGGGCUGGGGGGGAGUUUGCAAUGGGGGGGUGAACUAGGGAGGGGGAAUCUGAAAGGGGAGAAAGUGGGGAGGGGGAGUUUGCAAUGGGGGGGUGAACUAGGGAGGGGGAAUCUGAAAGGGGAGAAAGUGGGGAGGGGGAGUUUGCAAUGGGGGGUGAAAGUGGGGAGGGGGAGUUUGCAAUGGGGGUGAAAGUGGGGAGGGGGAGUUUGCAAUGGGGGGUGAAAGUGGGGAGGGGGAGUUUGCAAUGGGGGGUGAAAGUGGGGAGGGGGAGUUUGCAAUGGGGGGGACUAGGUGGGGGGAAUUGGAAAGGAGAGAAAGUGGGGAGGGGGAGUUUGCAAGGGGGGGACUAGGUGGGGGGAAUUGGAAAGGGGAGAAAGUGGGGAGGGGGAGUUUGCAAUGGGGGGGACUAGGUGGGGGGAAUUGGAAAGGGGAGAAAGUGGGGAGGGGGAGUUUGCAAUGGGGGUGAAAGUGGGGAGGGGGAGUUUGCAAUGGGGGGUGCACUAGGGAGGGGGAGUUGGAAAGGAGAGAAAGUGGGGAGGGGGAGUUUGCAAUGGGGGGUGCACUAGGGAGGGGGAGUUGGAAAGGAGAGAAAGUGGGGAGGGGGAGUUUGCAAUGGGGGGUGCACUAGGGAGGGGGAGUUGGAAAGGAGAGAAAGUGGGGAGGGGGAGUUUGCAAUGGGGGGUGCACUAGGGAGGGGGAGUUGGAAAGGGCACAAAGUGGGGAGGGGGAGUUUGCAAUGGGGGGGACUAGGUGGGGGGAAUUGGAAAGGAGAGAAAGUGGGGAGGGGGAGUUUGCAAUGGGGGGUGCACUAGGGAGGGGGAGUUGGAAAGGAGAGAAAGUGGGGAGGGGGAGUUUGCAAUGGGGGGUGCACUAGGGAGGGGGAAUUGGAAAGGGGAGAAAGUGGGGAGGGGGAGUUUGCAAUGGGGGGGGACUAGGUGGGGGGAAUUGGAAAGGAGAGAAAGUGGGGAGGGGGAGUUUGCAAUGGGGGGUGCACUAGGGAGGGGGAGUUGGAAAGGAGAGAAAGUGGGGAGGGGGAGUUUGCAACGGGAGAGUGAAAGUGGAGAGCACCUGGACUUGGGGGGAGAUGAAGAAUUGAGGAAGCAAUGAAUUAUUUAUUUCAGAUCACCCCCUCCCGUUUGAGAUAUUUGCAAAGAUGGGGGGAGCAGCUUAGGACAGGAGGGAUGAGGUUUGGAAUGAGGUUUGGAGGGAAGGGGGCAGGAUCACCCAAAGAAAACCCCACAGGUAAGUCUGAGGCUGCAACCCCAUUCAUGCACCCUGAGUUCCCUGGGAGCAAAGCCCCCCCCCCCAUAUGAGCACCCUGGGGUCUUCUGCGGAAAGGAGAGCGGAGUUGCACCCUCACCGCUGGAGGGGUUGCUUAGGGAAAGCCUGAUUUUUUUGGGGGGGGGUUGCAAUUGUCUCUUAAGGGGGCUGGAAUGGGGGGGUCUAUCCUUGGAAGGACCCCCCCGAUUAGUUUCUAUUAAUUUCCAGGGCCUCUUCUGCCAGUUUUCUGAUUCUGCCCUGUGUUUAUUAUCUGCGUUUGAAUAGGGGUAAACCUAUAAGAGUUGCAGAAAGCUAAAAACGCAUGGAAGAUAAUUGUAGCUAAACGGAUAUAUUUUCUGCGUCAGUUUAGUUUGCGUAAGCCGCCUCGAGUCCCGGUCUGGGGGGAAACGGGGGGAGGUAUAAAUAAGUAUUAUUAUAAUAAUAAUAAUGGUCUCUGAGCCCAUCUGUGUAUUGCUGUCCUAUGAUCAAAGUGGGGGGGGGGGUUAAAAGGGAAUUUUGGGAAUGUGAGGGAAGUCACCUAGGAAAGUUGUGUCUCUCUAACACUCUCCUGGUCUCUUUCCCUUCUGCGAAGACACCCCAAGAGGAAAAAGCCCCGGUUGGCCCCUGGCUCCUGGCCCUCUUCGUCUUCGUGGUCUGCGGAUCAGGUGAGUUUCCCAUUUAUUAACAGUUUCUCAUAGAAUUGAAAGGGACCCCCAGGGGUCAUCCAGCCCAACCCGCCGCCGUGUCUCUCUUCUCCUUAAAAAGCUCAGGGUGGCAAAUGCAACUCCCCAUUUUAUCCUCACAGAAACGAGGAUAAAAUGCGUGUGUGUGUUCACAAGAGAGAGCAACUGGUCCAGGAAGAACAUUUUUACUCAUUUAUUUCAACAAUUUAGAUAUUGCUUAAGCAGUGUACACAAAGGUUAUGAAAGAGGCAUGGAAAGAUAAAUUCACUUAACAUGGACAAGAAGGUAAAAGGUAAAGGACCCCUGGACGGUUAAGUCUAGUCAAAGGCAACUAUGGGGUUGCGGCACUCAUCUCGCUUUCAGGCCGAGGGAGACGGCAUUUUGUCCACAGACAGCUUCCCGGCUCAUGUGACCAGCAGGACUAAACCGCUUCUGGCACAACGGGACACCGUGACAGAUGCCAGAGCGCACGGAAACGCCGUUUACCUUCCCACCGGAGCGGUACCUAUUUAUCUACUCGCACUGGUGUGCUUUCGAACUGCUAGGUUGGCAGGAGCAGGGACUGAGCAACGGGAGCUCAACCCGUCGUGGGGAUUCGAACCGCCGACCUUCCGAUCGGCAAGCCCAAGAGGCUCAGUGGUUUAGACCACAGCGCGUCCCUCAUUGACAAGAAACACUUACUGAAAAGGUCUGGUUAAAUUAUUAUUAUUAUUUAUUAUUGUUAUUAUAUUUAUUACCUGCUGUUCUCCACAUGGCCCUCCAAAACAUUUUUAGUUAAUUUAUUUCAUAAAAUUCACACACCAGCAGGGGGAAUGAACAACAAUAAUUUAAGAUUAUUGAAAGGUAAAGCUGUUCUGCCCUGUGUGAACAGGAUCCUGGAAUGGGUGAGCCCACUGGCCGGAUCCAAGCAUGUUAUUCUUACGUUUCUCCCUCUUACUCUUCACAGCCAUCUUCCAGAUUAUCCAGAGCAUCCGACUUGGAGGUUAAUGGGGAGAAGACGGGAUGCUUUUCCGACUGCUGCCACCAAUCCUGCUCUCAGGGAACUGUGGGAUCUUUUCUGGACCUCCCAAGUUGCAGCCAUGACAGUCUUCCUCUGCCUGCUUCCAAGAACCAGAUCUCUCCCUCCCUGCCUGCUCUCGUGAGACCCCCAAACCGAUUCCCUCCCCGCUCUCUGUCCCUUCAGCUGUUGACCACUUCUGAGGGACGCUGGACUGAACGGGGGCGAUCCGUCUCCUCUCCCCUUCGCCUCGUGGAAGCGCGGGGCUUUUUCCUUUGGAACUGAAACGAUGCGUUGCAACAAGGAGGAAGGUCUACAGCCGGUUUGCGGCGUUUGGGGUUGGAGGACGGGGUGCAGAGUUGGGGAGGCUUGUUCCGGAUCCCAUAUUCCUCUCAACCCGUUAUCAACCUGCAGUUCAUUCUCCCUCACCAUUCCGGUCGAGCCGCUGAAAUAAAGUCGCCUUGUUGGAAUAUUUGCCACAAACCCAAGUAAUUCUAAAUUUCUUAAUAAAUAGUGUCACCAUGUU